UUGACAGCUGAAAUCAAUCUCUUCUCACUAAAUUAACUGCUACGUACCAGUGAAACCCGAGCAUGAGUUGACAAGUUAUGUCAGGACACCGUGUCAGUCAUAAGAACCCCAGAAUUAGCCAAUAUAGAAGACACGGGUGUGGUGCCGGCCCACAAUGAAGAAGCCCGAUCUGCAGAACAUGGUGGAGUGGAGGAGGUUACCAGAGAAGCUGUUAUGAAGUGGAUACAUGACGGACAUCCUGAGCAGCAACACGAUAUGUAUUUCUACACGAGUAAAAAAUCAACACUAUUAUUCAAAACUUGGGAAAUAGACACAAACACGGAGUUUUGGUUAGCGAUAUUCGGCAUCAUAGCCCUGGGGGUUGUUUACGAAAUGCUUCAGAGUUUUCGGUCCUGUCUAAUUUUAGAAGCGAGAACAAACGAGCACUUGGAGGAGAAUAAGCCCAUUUUACAAAGAGGAGAAGACAGAAGCUGCUUCGAGAAGUUGUGUGUACACAGUGUUUUGACGGUAAUCUACACCCUGGAAAUGUUCAUCAUGUUCAUAUUAAUGGUGAUAUUUAUGUCGUAUAACGUGUACUUCUGCAUAGCAACUUUAUUGGGAGUCGCUUUAGGAUAUUUCUUUUUCGGGUCAUCAAGAGUUUACGCUGGACAACACUGACCGAUAUUAAAUGUUAUGAAUGCGUAAAAUAUAUCUCAUGAUCAAUGAAGAAGUUAACGUCAAGAAGCUCACAACAUAAGUGAUAAGACUGAUGGAAAUCACAAAGAUACUGACAAGACUUUCGACGACUAUCGCACGGGUUUAGAUUUGUAGCGAUACUAGAUUAGCAGGGCAACCGUUAUUGAUAUCCAGAUAAACCUUACACUGCGCUCCAGACGUUGACCCCAAGAGCAACUUCAGUGACCGAUGGCUUCAAAACUACAGGCCCCAGUGAUCUCAAGAUUCAAGAAGAAGUUCGGACUUACCCCGCGUUCAUGUUUUGAUAUUUAUGAUCGCUCGAUAACAAAAGAAACGGGAAAAUAAUUAAUAUCAUGCAAACAAGAUGAUUCCAAUCCGCAUGGUCGAAUGAUUUUCUUCCCGUGCCCUAUUUAG